AAAAACCCUGCUCAUAAACCCUAAGGAACACUUUGAAAGCGAGAGGCAGAACAGAAUAGGCUUCAAAAUCACGAGCAAGAAUAGGAAGAAGAAGAAGCUCUGUUCUGUUAAUAUUUUGGAGAAUGAAGCUCAAGGUAGACGACCGCAUCAGAACCCUAAUCGAGAAUGGCGUCAAGACCAGACACCGCAGCAUGUUCGUCGUCGUCGGCGACAAGUACCUUGACACGGUUAAGAAUCUUCACUACAUACUGACUAAGGCAGCUGUAAAGUCGAGGCCUUCUGUGUUGUGGUGUUACAAGAACAAGCUUGAGAUCAGCAGUCACAAGAAAAAACGUGCAAAGCAGCUAAAACGGCUAAUGCAGAGUGGGUUGCAGGAUGCUGAGAAGGCAGAUUCUCUUUCCCUUUUUCUUGAAACUGCAGGAUUGACAUAUUGUCUGUACAAGGAUUCAGAAAAAAUUCUGGGUAACACUUUUGGGAUGUGUGUACUCCAGGAUUUUGAGGCUUUGACACCUAAUCUACUUGCAAGAUCAAUAGAGACAGUGGAGGGUGGUGGAUUAGUUAUAUUAUUACUUCAUUCGUUAGCAUCACUUACCAGCCUCUUUACCAUGGUUAUGGAUGUUCAUGAGAGGUAUCGAACUGAAUCCCAUACUGAGGCCACUGGACGAUUUAAUGAGCGGUUCUUAUUAUCAAUUGCAUCAUGCAAAGCAUGUGUGGCCAUGGAUGAUGAGUUUAAUAUCUUACCAAUUUCCUCUCAUAUAAAGUCAAUCACCCCAGUUCCUGUUAAGGAGGACUCAGAAGGUCUAUCAGAGGCAGAAAAGGAUUUGAAAGAUUUAAAGGAGCAACUUAUUGAUGAUUUUCCCGUUGGUCCUUUGAUCAAGAAGUGCUGUACAUUAGACCAGGGAAAAGCUGUCAUUACAUUUCUCGAUUCAAUUUUAGACAAGACACUUCGAAGCACCAUUGCUUUGCUAGCUGCUCGAGGUCGUGGAAAAUCAGCUGCUCUGGGCUUGGCCAUUGCUGGAGCUAUUGCCGCAGGGUACUCAAAUAUCUUUGUUACUGCACCAAGCCCUGAGAAUUUAAGAACUUUGUUCGACUUUGUUUGCAAAGGUUUUGAGGCACUUGACUACAAGGAACAUAUAGAUUUUGAUGUGGUGAAAAGCACCAACAUUGAGUUUAAGAAAGCAACUGUACGGAUCAACAUUUACAAGCAGCAUAGGCAAACAAUUCAGUAUAUACAACCUCAUGAACAUGAAAAACUCUCCCAAGUGGAGUUAUUGGUCAUCGACGAGGCAGCAGCUAUUCCAUUGCCUGUAGUAAAGUCACUUCUGGGUCCUUAUCUGGUCUUCCUUUCAUCUACUGUAAAUGGCUAUGAGGGUACUGGCCGAUCUUUGUCCCUAAAACUUAUUCAGCAAUUGGAACAGCAAAGCCAGACAUCAGCUCAGGGUGUAGAGGGUGCUCUUUCUGGCCGUCUUUUCAAAAAGAUAGAGUUGAGCGAAUCGAUCAGAUACGCAUCUGGGGACCCAAUAGAAUCAUGGCUUCAUGGUUUACUUUGCUUGGAUGCUACAAAUUCUGUUCCUAAACUUAGUGGGUUACCUCAUCCAAGUAAGUGUGAGCUCUAUUAUGUUAACCGUGAUACACUUUUUUCUUUCCAUAAAGAGAGCGAGUUAUUCUUGCAGCGGAUGAUGGCCUUGUAUGUUUCCUCGCACUACAAAAACUCUCCAAAUGACUUGCAGCUUAUGGCAGAUGCUCCAGCUCACCACUUGUUUGUAUUGCUUGGCCCUGUUGAUGAGUCGAAAAAUCAACUUCCUGAUAUAUUGUGCGUCAUUCAGGUCUGUCUUGAGGGGCAGAUUUCCCGUGCGUCCGCUUUGAGAAGCUUAAGUACUGGUCGUCAACCUGCAGGAGACCAGAUACCAUGGAAAUUUAACGAACAAUUCCAAGACACUGUUUUUCCAACUCUUUCAGGUGCCCGGAUUGUCCGGAUUGCUACCCAUCCAAGUGCAAUAAAGCUAGGAUAUGGUUCACAAGCAGUUGAACUUUUGACAAGGUAUUAUGAAGGACAGUUUGCACCUAUUUCUGAAACAGAUUCUGAAAAUGCCGUGGAGAACACACCUGUCAGAGUCAUAGAAGCUGCAAAACAGGUUUCAUUGCUAGAAGAAAACAUAAAACCAAAGAAAGGCCUUCCUCAUUUGCUAGUUCAUCUUCGUGAAAGAAAACCAGAGAAGCUUCACUAUAUUGGUGUCUCCUUUGGACUUACAUUGGAGCUUUUUCGCUUUUGGAGAAAACAUAAGUUUGUUCCGUUUUUUAUUGGCCACAGCCCAAGUACUGUGACUGGUGAGCAUUCGUGUAUGGUCUUGAAACCUUUGAACAACGAUGAUAUUGAAGAUAAGGGAUCGGAUGAAUUUGGCUUUCUUGGACCAUUUUACCAAGAUUUCAGGCUAAGAUUUAGUAGAUUAUUGAGUCAGACUUUUCGUUCAAUGGAGUACAAGCUUGCUAUGAGCAUUUUGGAACCAAAAAUGAAAUUCAUGGAGCCAGAUUCAGGGACGUCUACCUUAGACGGGUUUGUAACCUCGAUUAAAGAAGUGUUAUCACCUUAUGAUCUGAAGCGGUUGGAUGCUUAUACCAGCAAUCUUGCUGACUAUCACAUGAUUUUGGAUCUAGUUCCAAAGCUCACUCACCUGUAUUUCUGUGAGAAACUUCCUGUUUCAUUAUCAGCUGCCCAGGCUUCUAUUUUGUUAUGCAUAGGUUUGCAGAAUCAAGACGUCUCCUAUAUUGAGAGAGAGAUGGGGCUGGAGAGGCAACAAAUAUUGUCACAAUUUAUAAAAGCUAUGAAAAAGUUCCACAAAUAUCUCGACAGAAUUGCAUCGAAAGAGAUUGAAUCAAGCUUGCCUCGGCUAAGUGAAAUUGCAAUAGAGCCAACCAAGGUUUCUAUGGAGCAGGAUCUUGAAAAAGCUGCUAGGCAGGCUGAGGCGGAUAUGAAAUCUGAUUUGAAAGGAGUAAUGGAUCCCGAGUUGCUUGAACAAUACGCUAAUGGUGGUAAGAAGUCCAGCAAAAGUAAGACGGACAAUGAGAGUGGGAGGAAACGAGGUAAAGGUUAUCAAGGAUCCAGAUCGAACAAGAAAAAGAAAUUCCAACAUUAACGGCAAGAGAAUACUCUGCAGAAAAUGCCAUGGAGAUGGCUGAAGAAAGAGUCGUUUCAAAACUCAUUCACUUGAAAGGUAUCAUCACAUAAUACGUGAUUUGGAUCAGCAAAUAUGAAUGAAUUAUCCACAAAAUUUUGACCGGAGAAAGUUGCUUGCUCUACUUUUCUUGUUUAUGUUAUUUAUUCAUUACCAUUUUUCACUGUAUCUGUUGUAGCCUAACUUCUGAAUAAUUAUAAAACAUUUUCUUUUCCAUGUUUUAAA